AUGACAAGCACCAAAAACAAGCAGCUCUUUGACAUCGUCAUGCCUGCAGUUGAGAAGGCUGUGGGUAACCUCGAAAGUAUGUAUGCCGGCCUUGCGAGACCCUUGCAGCACGCAACGCACCAUCCGGCUGGCCGCUUAGCUGCCCUGCUGGGACAGGCAGAGCACUUGACCAAGGCUGGCAUAUCCAAAGCGAUCCUGCCAGUCCAAGACAGAUCAAGCCCCGACUUUGCGGGUGAGCAGAGCAUGCAGUUGCAGGAAAGCACGAUACAUGCGUCGAGUUUGCGCAACAGGCUGGCGGAUUUCGCAUGCUUAGCCCCAGUAGAAGAUCCGGGAAGCCCAGACGGCUCCGGUCCGUCGGAGUUUCGUACUUUGCAACAACUGGCUUCCUGGCGGGAUACCGUCAGUUGCAAAGAGACCCUGAGCCGAAAAGAGUCGAUGGAUAUUUUGCAGGUCCUGAUCAGGGCUGAACGAACCAUCGCGGAAAUGCAGCGUUGGGAGGCUGCUUGCACUCGACGCUGGGAUGCGUUGUCACAGGAGGUGCGACAAGCCCGCGACAAGAUCAAGACCAUCCGGGCUAGAGCACAGAAGCUGAAAGAACGACAAAGUGAGGUUGACUUGGCGGCAGGCCAUCGGCGGGAGGAGCUGUGGACAAAGCUGCUGGAGGCAACCGGACCCGGUGAGGGGGACAUGUCAACAACGGCUGCAGCUCUCCAUGAACAGUUGUGCCAAAGCGACAAACAGCGGCGCCAGCUCCGAGACCGCAUCUCUGCAGAUAGUGAGAAGCUUCACCGCGUUUGGUCAAAGAGGAGGCAGGCUCAAGACACCGUGGACCUGCUGACACAGCUGGCACGUAAAGAUCAAAAUGGUGACACUGGAGAGAGGCACUCCGCAGAUGACAUCGUGGACGCAGAGCUUUCUUUGGAAGCCCUUAUUUGGAAGCAAAUCCGGGAAGAGCGAGCAAGGUUUGCAGCCCCAGAUCCGCCUCAACCUCCUCGGUUAGCCUUGCCAGAGUUAGCGGAGGAAACGCAGGCGAGUGAGAGCCCGAGCUUCGCUCCAGUUUUGCCUCCCAGCGAGCCGGAUGACCUGGACAAUCCCCUGGUGAGUCCACUGGUCCCUAGCGGCCCCAGCUUCCCCAGUCUGCCCAGCGUUACGAAGGAUGCAGAGGACACGGCCCUUCACGUGGAGUUGAAGCAGACGCCAGCAUCUCUACCCCCCAAAGUUGCCAAUUUGAUUGAAAGGCUGUCCAUGUCGCGGGAUGCACGUCGACAAGCUGAGCGGGCGCACCGCUCAAAACCUCUCGAUGCACCAGGGAGGCCAGCAGAGCCACGAGUGCAGACGGAAAGACCUCCUGCUUGUGCCAGUGAACCCGACAGCUUCGGGCCCACAUUUGCAGACGAACCGCUCCCGCCUUUGCCAGAGCCAGGCAGGCGAGAUGUUCAGCAGGGAGCAUCCCAAGUACAGUCCUGGAAGCCGGCACCACCGCCACCAAGCCAUGCUUCACCCGACAUACUUUGGGGGGAGUUGCCCUCGGCGCCUUUGGAGUUGGGCUUGAGUGUGGGGCAAAAUGCCCUUCCUCAACGCACGUCUUCGAAGAGAAAUUCCAUUUCUGAGCCCGCAGCCCCACCUGCAGUAGGCAUGCCUGUUGUGCGCAGGGUGACGCUCGAACUGGAUGACUAA